AUGAUCAAUGCCGUUCCACACCAACUUCGUAAAAGAGAAACUAAAUUUGUUCUCUGUAGUAUGCCAGCAAUUGAACAAAUCGAUGUAACAGUCACACCUGACCCUAUUGUUUCUAAAAAACCCGCGACUUAUACUGUUUCCGGUAAAUUAAGUCAUGCUAUAAUCGCAAAAAAAACUUCACUUGGAGUUAGUUAUCUCGAUGCGGACGGCAGUGUUCCCUUAAGUGACAUUUAUUUGCUGCCUUUUGAUAAGUCAUAUAAAGCAGGAGAAAAAUUUACUAUUACAGCAAAAGAUGUUCCAACACCUAAACUUUCUAAAGUAUACGAUACUUACGUUGUUAUUUGGGAUGAAGAACUUGGAACAAUUGCCUGUGCAUUUGCAGAAUCUGGAGGGAAAUCUGGAGAAGACACUGUUAGACUUGAGCCUUCCUGGACGCGACAUUUCAACGGAUUAUGGGAAAUGGGAAUAUGGUAG